AUGAAUCUGGAUCUGCCCUCCGUUGCCGAGCUCAAACAAGCCGCCGAGGCUGGGCAGCGCAUCACGUCCGAUGAUGUGUCUGCCAUCUCUCAAGUGGAGAACCGAUUGACUGGGCGAGGACCGGUCCGCGGUGGACCAGCAGCCACCGCCCAAAGUAUAGCCAUGAAGCAAAUGAACUUCGACAGUACGGUGGAAGAGAUUGCUCGCAAGCCACCGAAUCUCAUAACUCAGGACGAUGCCCGAACAAUACAGUCAAUGGAGGGUCGCGCCUUCAACAGACCCCCCGGAAGUGAUUCCAUCUCUGCGCAAGUUCGCUCCAUCGCCAAUCGCAACGAAUACUACCACGUGCCUGUGAUGCCCAUCGACCCGAUGUAUAUCAACCGGGACUUUUCACGUGAUACACAGCGCACCGAGAGCGUGUACCGUGGAGAGCCAGUGUCUUCCUACAACACGGCAGUGAAUACAGAGGUGAGUCAGGUGGCUCACGAUGAAGUCCGUGUUCUGGGCUGGACUGGACGACGCCUAAAGAUUCAUGCUGAUUGGGCCUGUUCCAGAGCGCCGCCGACAAGCUUGGAAAUCUGUGGCUAG